CACGCUGCUGCUACGCGGCCUGGGGGCGGGUAUAUGCGAGGAAAUUCAGCCACGCGGUAAAGCGAGUCCCCUCGCUUUCUUCAACACCACGUCUCCUCCUCCUCCUCCUCCCUGUGCCUGUGCCUGUGCCCUUCCUCCACGGACGCCCGCUCCCUAAAAUCCCCAAUCCAAUCCGACCACCAAACCCUAACCCCCCUCAUUCCGCACUCCCUCAACCCGCCACGCGCGCUUCCUUCGCCGCUAAGCAUACCCCUUCCUCCGCGCCAGCCACGCCGCGCGAUCCCGAUGGCGAAGACGGCGGUGAUGGAGCUCAGGACGCUGCCGCUCGGCUUCCGCUUCCACCCCACCGACGAGGAGCUCGUCACCCACUACCUCAAGGGCAAGAUCACCGGCCAGAUCAACUCCGAGGCCGAGGUCAUCCCCGAGAUCGACGUCUGCAAGUGCGAGCCGUGGGACCUCCCAGAUAAGUCAAUUAUCCAGUCCGACGAUCCCGAGUGGUUCUUCUUCGCGCCCAAGGACCGCAAGUACCCCAAUGGUAGCAGGUCGAACAGGGCCACCGAGGCUGGGUACUGGAAGGCUACUGGCAAGGAUAGGAUCAUCAAGUCCAAGGGUGACAAGCGCAAGCAGCAUACCAUUGGUAUGAAGAAGACCCUUGUCUUCCACCGCGGACGUGCCCCCAAGGGCGAGCGCACAGGGUGGAUUAUGCAUGAGUACCGCACCACCGAGCCUCAGUUCGAUUCUGGCGAGCAGGGCGGUUAUGUUCUUUAUCGCCUCUUCCGGAAGCAAGAGGAGAAAACCGAGCGCCCCAGCCCAGAGGAAAUGGAUAGAAGUGGCUACUCACCUACUCCUUCUCGUUCUUCACCUGACAACCUAGAGGUGAAUGAGGAAGCUAAUACACCAUUAAAUAAGGAAUCUCCAGAAUCUGCUCUGCAUGAUCCGAUUGAGCUGCCAAAUUCUGUUGAAACCCAUGUUGGGUCAGUGACAAGGUGGCUCGCGGACAGAAAUGAUAACCUGGUGGCUACUGCACCGGAUGUUUCCCGUAUACCUUCCCACGGACAUGCUGCUGUUGUACCUAAGCAGGUUGAUCCUUCAGCUGGUGCUUCAGCCCACUUAGUUAAUCCCCAGAAUGGAAAUGAUGAUUAUAACAAUUUUGUGUCCGGUUUCCCCCCCAUUCUACCACUUGAAAAUGCAUUCUUCUCUGAUAUACAGCAAGGAGCUUUUGGUUUUGAUGGCAUCAUGAAUCCUCCUGAUGCCCUGGAUGCUUUCUUGAAUCAAACACUUGUUGAUCCUGAUGAACAUUCAUCAAGAACAUCAAAAGUUCAGUAUGAUUCUGACAUUCCAACAGAGUUUGAGAAACAGUGGAAUAUGCAGGUUGAGCCUCAAGAUGAUCUCUGGUGGGCAAACAUAGGUUUCGAGCCAGAUGAGCCAAACCCUCUGCUUCCUUAUGGCACCACUGACCAAGAUGUACUUUCGGUCGACUCUGCUGCUGAUUCCUUCAAUGAGCUGUUCAAUAGCAUGGAAGAUCCAAAUGUGGGGAUGACUGGAAUUACUCUUAGGCCUCAACAGUUGGACUCCACUGUGCAACCAAGUCAUGUGUUUGCUAACCAUGGUGAUGCAUUAAGGAGGAUGCGGCUACAGGUUGAGUGUAGGGAGGUCAUAACUAAAUAUGAUAGUGAAGAUGAAGUAUCAUGUGUUGUAACUCCAGACUGUUUGAACGAAUCUGUUGAGUCCACUGCAGUGAAGGAUGUGGUUUCUGAUGGGGAUGAGGCUGAGUCAACAGGGAUUGUUAUUAGAAGCCGUCACCCUGCUCCAAGUUCAAGCCUAGAGAGUUCAUUCACUCAACAGGGAACUGCUAUGCGAAGGCUGCGGCUACAGUCAGGCCUCAACAAAGGCCCGUGUCCUAGUAGUGAUGAUUCAUCAAGCUGCAUCAUAGACGAAUCAGAAAGUCAGCACAAAACAGAGAAAGCAGAGAUUGAAGAGGAUGCAAGUACAAACCUCACUGGAAGUGUUGAUGAUCUACCUGGCAAUAGCUAUGAUGAUGAGCAAAAGAACAUCUCUGAACAUGGUGCUGAAACGGCUGUUCCAGAAGCCAAAUCUGUUCUGAGGCUGCGGAAGACUUCUGAGGAAAGCAACAAGGAUGUCAAGCAGCAGGAGGGUUGUCUUGAGCCACACGUGAGAGCACCAAUGCAGAGGGGAGGAUUCCAAUCAUACAUCAUCUGGCUGGUUCUUUUGGUGGCUCUGCUGCUGCUCCUCUGUGUCGGGGCGUAUGGAUGGGUAUAAAAUCUAUCCUGGUGCGGUGCAAGGCAUGGUAUUUUGCGCGCAUGGAUUCGUGGCAUCAUCAGUCUGGUGCGUGGUCUUUUGUACAUAACCUGGGUUACGGCAUGUGUCCAACAGCCGUAAGAAAUCCCAGAAUGCCAAGGCAGCUGAAAAAUCAAAAAAGAGAGGUAGCAAGUGAGAAGUGAGAAAAAGAAAAAAAAAAAGAGAGGUUAUCGUAGGUUUUAGUACAUCGUAGUCUUUUUUUGCUGUUGCUGCAGAUGUCUUACUAAUGUCAUAGCUGUUGUGUAGUUGUAAAUCAUGCCCUCGGUGGCCGGUUUUUUAAUUUCCUGAUGUAAUGUAGCAAGAGCAAGACACUGUUAGAUGGGUGCCCCGAACCUCGGUAAUAUCUGAUGUUUCUUCUUGUAGAUAGCUGUUUCAGAAUUUUCGGUUCCUGAACCCCGUUACUGGUGGCUUGUUUAUCUGUUUUCUGUGUUGCUAUCUGACGGGAUUAUUGUGGCGAGUUGGAAUUCA